CGUAUUGUUGUUAGAAUCAAAUUACAUUUAACUAGAAUCAUGUGUCGAUAUGUUCUACUCCUCGUCGUUUCUGUCAUCGGAAUUCAGGCUAGAUCACCACCAAUAACCCAUUGUUCCGGUGUGGUGUGCAAUAGGUACUGUGAAUAUGGAUUUCAAAUUGGUUCCGAUGGAUGUGAGAUAUGUGAAUGCAACAAACCACCCCAUUGUUCCGAUGCGAUGUGUUACAUGAACUGUGAAAAUGGGUUUCAAAUUGGUGCUGAUGGAUGCGAGAUAUGUAAAUGCAACCAGCCAUCAUAUUGUUCAAAUGCGAUGUGUUAUAUGAACUGUGAACAUGGCUUUGAAAUUGGUGAUGAUGGCUGCGAGAUAUGUAAAUGCAACAAGCCUCCCCACUGCUCCGAUGUGAUGUGCACUAUGUACUGUGAACACGGUUUUAAAGUUGGUGCUGAUGGAUGUGAGAUAUGUGAAUGCAACCAGCCACCCCACUGUGCUGAUGCGAUGUGUUAUAUGAACUGUGAACAUAGGUUUGAAAUUGGUGCUGAUGGGUGCCAGAUAUGUCAAUGCAAAAAACCAACUCACUGUUCCGAUGCCAUGUGUGAAAUGUACUGUGAAAAUGGGUUUGAAAUUGGUGCUGAUGGAUGCGAAAUAUGUAAAUGCAACAAGCCACCCCAUUGUUCCGAUGCAAUGUGUUUUAUGAAUUGUGAACAUGGGUUUGAAAUUGGUGCUGAUGGAUGCGAGAUAUGUAAAUGCAACAAGCCACCUCACUGUUCCGAUGCAAUGUGUGAAAUGUACUGUGAAAAUGGGUUUGAAAUUGGUGCUGAUGGAUGCGAAAUAUGUAAAUGCAACAAGCCACCCCAUUGUUCCGGUGUGGUUUGCAAUAAAUACUGUAAAUAUGGAUUCAAAGUUGGUGCUGAUGGAUGUGAGAAAUGUAAAUGCAAUAAAAGACCUCGAGUUGUCUAAUGCUCCAGACGAAGAUAAAUAAGAUGUACAGCAACUGCCAACGUAUACUUUUACAAAUAAAUCUUAAUUUACUGUUUACAUUCCUACUAUAA